AACAGCACCAUGCACCUCUUGUUCAGGUUGUGCGCCGUCUUCAGUGUCUCACUCGGCCUCUGUUCAGGGACAGAUGCUUCUCCGGAUCUCAUCACUUCCCUGCCAGGACUGUCUGAGAUGCCAACCUUCCAGCAAUGGUCUGGCUAUCUCCAGGCAGGAUCUGGCCAAUACUUCCAUUACUGGUAAGCAGAGAGACAGAGAGAGAGAUUGAGUUAAUAUCCAUGUCUCCUCUUCAUUGAACUGUUUGUUGCUUUUGGGUAUGUGCUGGCCGACCUAUGCAUGCUUCCACUUGCUCAUGAAUUAAGAGCUAAAAAGCUAAUCCUGGCUAGACACAUUGCUGACAUCCAGGCAACAGCUGCUUCAUGGACUUCCACCAUUGGCAGCAGCAGCAACACUUCUGAAUGCCAGUUGGUGGAAUGUGCAGGAGGGCAGAGCACUCUUGUGUUUGGGUCUUGCCUGCAGGUUUCCCUUGGGUUGGCCCCUGUGAGAGCAGGGUGCUGGACUAGAUGGGCCCCCUUGGGUGUGAUCCAGCAGGCUCUUCUGAUGUCCUUAUGCUCUUGCUAACCGUUUGUUGAAAUUGCCUUUGCCAAGAUGUUCUGGAUGAGCUGCAGCUUACAGAAACGUUUAUGCUUCUCUACUGCCCUGGAACUAGCUGUGUGGGGCAGCCUAAGAAUAAGUUGGUUGCUUGUAACAUUAGCUUGAUUGAUUGAUUGAUUGAUUGAUUGAUUGAUUGAUUGAUUAUAAUAAUUUGUGUCUUCCCUUUACAGGCACAAAUUCCCCCCAAGGCAGCUUACAAAUAAAGUCAAAGUGCAAUAACAAUAAGACCAUUAUGAAAACAGAAGCUGUUUCAUUUCUGGGGCAGGGGUAGGGGCAGGAGGGAGGCAAGUCCAGUAGGAGCAGGCUGCCAUGUUGGAUGUUGUAGUUCCUUGCCUGCCUCUCUCCUGGAUUCCUGCCCAUAGGGUAGCUGCAUGGAGGAAAAGGUUGAUUCAGUGGGGGCUGGUUCACUAGCGUAAAUGAGGCACAGCCCCACCAACCUUAGCCAUGUCACAACUGCCUGCCUUAUGAUUUACAACGGGCCCAGGGAGUGGCCCUGCUUGCCACCUUCCUCUUCCUCAGUCUCAGGGUUGAUCUUGUAGAACUCACUUGGGAGGAAGAUGGGGACAAAAUUUUCUGACUCUGCCUGUUGCUGGCUGUGGCUCCACCUCUCUCUGCCUACCAUUAGCCCCUCUGCCUUCUGCCCCACUCGUCCCACCAGCUAACACCACAUUUAUUUACACCUCCAAUGAUGGUGCCCCUGUUCCAUGUUCCCAAUGCAGCCCCUCACUCAGCACAGGCAUGCUUAGCUGUAAGACUGCUACAACAUCAGGCAGAGGCAGUUUUAGGGUGGCACAACCAGAGCGGUCACACUGGGUGCCACACUGCAGGGUUCACCAAAACAGUGCUGUAGAACAAAGCAUAAGAGGCGAGGUUGCACCAAAUAUUAGCGUCACACAGGGCGCCGCUGAAAUUUGAGAGCCCAAAGUCUGCUACUGCAUCAGGUAUCUUCCUUGGGUCUCCAUUCUUUGGGCCUCCUCCAGACAUAUCCAUCGGGGUGUUUGCUCUCCCUUUCCAUACUGACAGGUUUGUGGAGUCUCAGGGCAACCCAGCGACUGACCCCGUGGUGCUCUGGCUAAAUGGGGGACCUGGCUGUAGUUCCAUGGAAGGCCUCCUGGCUGAGAAUGGACCUUUCCAUGUGAGUCUGUGGCCGCUCAGUAUGCUGAUGGGAAAGGAGAGAAACAUGGGACAAGGAAGGGGUUGUGGAUCAGGCAGUUGGGGCUCAACUGGGCCUGAAGCUCUUGAUCUCAUCUCAAAGUUGUGGAGGCUGCCUGGGAUCAUUCUGUCAGGAGGGAAAGGUGCUCUAUACAGGCGCAGAGGCAACAUUAUUUACUUACUAUGAGAUCACCAGAGCCAGGUGCAAAGGGGCUCUAUGUUGUUUUAAUUUUGCCCAAAGUUGUUGAGCUUUUGGGGAUUUUCUUGGACAUUUUCCCGAUUUCCACCUGGACACUGCUGCUGACUGCAGUAUUUUGUAUGUGUCCGGGAGAAUCUGGAUGUAUGGCAGUCCUGCAAUAAUGCCCAGACCAACUCACAGAUGCCUGAUUUCUCAAGGACUGGGAAUCUGAGACUGUGCUUGGAGGCAAUUGAUAUGGAAGAUUUAGUGAACAGCAUGCUGCAAAUACCUCACAUCCCCAAAGUAACCCUCUUUGUCUGCCUCAUGGUUUUGUGUAGCUGAAUGAUGAUGCAACACUCUACCUGAACCCCAACAGCUGGAACAAGGUAGCCAACGUGCUUUACAUGGAAUCUCCGGCUGGAGUUGGCUAUUCCUAUGCCACAGAGGACAGCCCUAUCAAUGACAGCCAGGUAGGUCACUUGCUGUUUGUUCCUGGCGUAAGGGCCGCAUUCUCUAGUAAACAAACCAGGGGCAAGGAGUAUCACAUGCCAGUGGUGGGUGGGGCAAUAAUUGGAAUGGUGAUGGUAGCAGCUGAUGGGGGAAGGUUGUCAGUCCUGUGGCAGUAAUAUAGGGCAGAACCACACCAUACAUCAUCAUCAUCAUAAUUAAUUUGUUCUCCACCCAACUGAUUGGGUUGCCCCAGUCACUAUGGGCAGCUUCCAACAGAGUAUAAAAGAACACAUGAUACAUCAGACAUUAAAAGCUUCCCAAUACAGGGCUGGCUUCAGAUGCCUACAGAAAGUCAUAUAAUUGUUUAUAUCUUUGACAUCUGAUGGGAGAGUGUUCCACUGGGUGGGUGCCACUACCAAAAAGGCUCUCUGCCUGGCUCCCUGUAACUUCACUUUUUCAAAAUGAGGGAACUGCCAGAAGGCCCUCUGAGCUGGACUUCAGUCACGGUUUUAAAACACAGCCAGUGCACAUUUAAAUCAUACGACUUCCCCUAAAGAAUUAUGGGAAUCGUAGUUUGCUAAGGGCACUGGGAACUGCAGCUCUUUGAGGAAGAAACUACAAUUAUCAGCAUUAUUUGGGGGAGCCAUGUGUUGUAAAUGUGCAUUGGCUGUGCCUUAGAUCUAUGGCAUGGUUCUAUCCAGUGGCAAUAUAGACUUCCUACACAGCUGCCUGGGCUGUGAGGAAUCAGCUCACAAAGUUUGUAAGUAUUGUUGGGACAGAAUCCAUUUGCCUGACAGGUAGGAGAAGUCUUUAUUUGGAUGUUCAUUGAGACAAAUCAAGACUUCUGUCAUAUACUCCUGACGGAUGAGGAGCAGAGGAGUGGGGUGGGGGAAGAUAAUGCCAGGAGUGUGUUUCUUAAUGCAGCCGCACAUGAUAUGCACAUCAAACUCUGUCCUAUGAUUUGUAACAAAGCUAAGUGGUGGGUCAAAAUUUCUCCCUACUUCAGGUAGCUGAGGACAACUACCAGGCUCUCCAGAGUUUCUUUGCUAAAUUCCCAGACUUUGCAAACAACGAAUUUUAUGUUUUUGGGGAAAGUUAUGGUGGAAUCUAUGUCCCCACUCUCACUGCCAAGAUUGCGGAAGGAUCAGCAGGCAUUAACCUGAAGGUAAACACAAUCGCGGUACAGGAAGCAGAGUCACUGGAAAACCAGGAGAGCUAAGAUCUUCCAUGUAGGCCAAAUGGCACAUUUAGGGGCACUGAGUGAGCACUGCCAACCCACAAGCAGCAGCCACUAAUGCAGAUUUUGCCCUGAUGACAACAAGCCCUGAAGGCCUCACUCCUCUCACAUCCAAACCAGGCCACACGGAAAGGGCAUGCCUGGAAGUGGGGAGGUGGAUCCACUCUGAAGGCCUUGCUUGAUAGCUGCCUCUGAAUGUCCGGUGCCAUUGCCCACAUCCAGUUGUGCUGUAUCUCAAGAGGCACUAGUCACUACAGUUCCUCUGCCUGCUAUCUUCAAACCUGGCAUCAGGCCUGGUUCUAAUUAUAGCCUUUCAACUAACUAUCCCAUCAUCCAAUUUCAUACAACUCCUCCUUUCUUGGCAUGAUCUUUUGUUAUCUGAUUCCUCAGGGAUUUGGAGUUGGCAAUGGCAUGCUGAGCUAUUUCCUCAAUGACGAGACACUGAUGGAAUUUGCCUACUACCAUGGAGUGUUUGGAGAUGAGUGAGUACAGAAGAGGACAAGGGGAGUUGGGUCAGCAAGUGGCCACAGGUAAAUCUCCCACCAUACAAGUCAACAACUGGUAGCUCCAAGUUCACACCUGGCCUCUAAAAGAAUUGUCCCCGCCUUCUCUAUUUGCCAGAUCAAAUCAGAAGCAAAAAAGGAGAGUGCAGACUGUAGUAAAGUGUCUUGCCCUUAUUAUGUAUCACUGAGUACAUCAGAAACAAGAAACUGGCAAGCAAGGUGGUUGGACGGCAAGUGAGUCAAAGGUGUGCUAAAUAAGGGGAAGCCAUUGUUUCCUGUCCUUCCUUCAGUGAAUAAAAUUAGCAAUUAUCUCCACUGAAGAGAGGACAGAAAGGAAAGCUUAACUUGCACAAACUGUAGGCAGAAUAGUCAGGGAGGUUGUUGACAUCUCCAAGGAACACAGGACAGAUACCUGUCAACGUUGUUUGAACAAUCUGUUCUCCUUUGUUGGGCAGGGGAGCCGGUGUGCGUGCGUGCACACACACACUUUGUGCUUCUAAGUUGUGAACCACCCUGUGAUCUUGGAGUGAAGGGUGGUAUACAAAUUUAAUGACUGAAUAAAAAUGAAUAAGCUUCCCUCUACCUGACACUCCACCUCCUUCUCUCCUGCCUUACAGCUUGUGGGCCUCCUUGAACGAAAACUGCUGUGAUGAAGGAACUUGCAACUUCUCCAGCAACAUGAACAGUGAUUGUAUCACAGCAGUGAGUGGCUGGUCUGAAAAUCCUUGAUACUAACUCAUGUAGUGUGCACUUUGCAAACUCCAUUUGCACCUGGCCACAAACUAGAAUGUUCUAACUGUUAUGCAAUAAUGUGUUUUGGCCUGAACUGGUAGAUUAUGGGUUUAGUAAAGUCUUCUGGAAAUGUCUUUGCCCUAUUUUGUGCCCAUAGCACCUACUACACCAAAUUCUCUGAACAGCAUUAGGAUAUUGCCAACAUGUUACCACACCAUUGAAAUAAUUGCAAUGGGUGCUAAUCAGUCACUGGGUUAAGUUCAAUGUGCUGGUUUUGGUGCAUAAAUCCCUAUGCACCUCGGAACUAGGAUUCCUGAUAAUCCCAUCCCUUAUAUAUUCAGUUGAUCACAGUGCUCUGUAGGUGAAGGCUGCCUGCAAGUACCAUCUUGUAACGAGGUCUAUUCUGUACAAUGUAGUAAUCAGGUCCUUAGUGUUGGGGCACCUACCCUUGGGAAUCCCCUCCCCUUGAAUAUUACACAGCUGCAAUCUCUUGUCUUUUCAGUGGCUAUCUUCACCCCAGUCUGCAUCUGUAUUGGAAUUGUUUUUAAGAUUUUGGAAUAUGUUUUAUCGCUUUGUUGUUAGCUGCCCUGGGCUCCUUUGGGCAGAAGAGCAAGAUAUAAAUUUGAUAAUAAACCCAUAAAAAUAAACUGAUGACCCUCGAAGGCUAUAAAUAUUACCGAAUUCCACACAUCUGUUUCCUUUCUCCUCUUUCUGCACAUAAACUCAGAGCGUAGCUAACUCUUCUAUCCUCUUCUUCCCUGUUCCCAUCCUCAAGAUAUCACAAGCCUAUGGAAUUCUUUAUGGAAUUGGCCUCAACGUGUACAACCUCUACGCAUCUUGCUGGGGAGGAGCACACUACCAGGAGCGUUAUGAAGCCGAUCUGUCGAGCCUCUUCCACCACUACCAGUUUGAUGUUCCAGUGCCAGUGAGUUGCUCGGCUAUCUUCAUCAAAUUUACAUCACUCAGGUGGCUCUAGCGAUUCUGUGAAUUUGGCAAACUUAAAAAAAACCAAAAAAACAUUUUCUUAAGCAUUAAUAUUCAGUAUGGAAAUUUAUUCCCAAAAGUUUAUGCUGGGAAGGCAUGAUUCAUCCAUUUAUAAAUGAACUAUGGGCCACUUGCUGAAUCAGGCUUAGGUAUGGCAAAGCAAGGUGCUGGUAUCUUGCACCAGCUUUCCCCAGAAGAAUUCAACCUCAUCUUGCCUUCUUCUUGCUUUCACUUUCAGAAAAUUGGCUCCAUCCCAGGAGUGCCACAUUGUAUAAAUGCCACCGCUAUGUAUGUGUGGCUGAACCAGGAUGAAGUCCGGCAGGCUCUCCACAUCCCCAGCACUCUCCCAGACUGGGAGCUCUGCAGGUGACUCCCAUCAAAUGUUUCUGCCCUUCAGAAGCAUGAAAAAGUUGUUUGGUAAUGGAAUGGUAAUGAAGGGCAGUGGCCUGGCAAGGCUUUCUGGAAAAGUGGUGUUUCUCUGCUGGUAUAGAACUGAUGCACUGCAGGUUGCCAGAGCUUGAUAACAUAUGGGUAUGUACUAGGACUGAGAUCAAAUGAAAAUGCAGACUGCAACAAAAACAGCUUCCCCAUCUUUGUUUUGACAACCCUCUAAUGUGAAGCACCUGUUUCACUCUGCCCAUACUUUAUUGCCCUAAACCUGGAAGCUGAGGAAGUAGUCUCCUUUCCCAGAUAAUUCUGUCCCAUAUAUUUCCAAUUUUUGUAUGGAUGUACAAUAUGUAAUCAAGUGAAGGGAACUGAAGAUUUUAUUGAUGUACUGACUACCUUGCUUCUUCAAGACCCCUUGGGUGAGCUGACAGAAGAUCUCCAAUACCGAUAGUCCGGGGAGAACAACAAUCAUGUUACAGUCAUCUUGUAAGAUGUGGCAUAAGUCCUUUAUGAUAUUGAAGAAAUCUUUCCCCCACUUCUCUGUUGGGGUUGCAUGCAUAGUGAGUCAUCUGGUAGAACUUUUUCAGGUGACAAAUGGACCUUUCUUCUCCUUACUCAUCUUACUGACAUGCAGUCAUCGAUAGUCUUCUGUGGUAUUUUUGUUGGGCAUUUGCAGGGGUGUGCAAAACCUUAUCAUUAUUUAUUUGGGUAUUUCAGUCUCACUGAAAAUUGGCAUUACAUGUUCAGGAAAUUUAUUUGCAAAAAAUAACUCCUCCAAGGGUAAGGUUUUCCACAUGGCUAAUCCUCACGUUCAUUCACACCUAGCAUAGUUGUGCAUUUUUCUGUAUUCUAAGUACUGAUGCUUACCACCAUUUCCCAUUAAAAUGUCUUAUUGUGGCUUAGAUGGUUUUCCUUAAAAAAGACAAUGAAUACAACAACUAACUGCUACUACUGGGCAUUAAGAGGUUUUGGCUGGAACUAAUAAGUUGGAUCUCAAUUGUAUGAGAAUUCUGAAAACAGUUGUAAAACAAACUGCCUUCCAGACAUCACUGGAUUAAAUUAUAAAGGAUAUUUGUCUCAGUUGUGGACCGCUAAGGUUGGGAACAUUUAUUUCUCCCCAGCUUAUUUAUUAUUCUUCCUCUGGGGCAAGGUAUAGAGUACAUGGAUUUGUAUAUUCAGCAUCAUUUCCUCUUGAAACCACUUGGUGGUGGAUGGCCUUGGCUCAUGCUCAUAUUCUGAUAGGCCUGCAGGGGCAGGAAAGGAAUUCUGUGGCUGUUGGCAGUCAAUGAGAACCCCAACUUGCAUGCUCUUGGCAGCUUGGAUUUGCAUCUUGGUGACAAAAUCAAAAGGGCACCCUUGGUUGAUCUUACUGGUGAAACAAAGGGGAGAAGGGAUGAGGGGCCCAAGCUCCUUGAACCCCACCCCCCAUGCAUUUCUCUUCUCCAUGCAGUACACAGGUUAGCUCUCAUUACCAAAGGGUGUACAGAGACAUGACUCCCUUCUACAAGUAUCUGCUGGCUCAGGACCUACGAGCAUUGGUUUAUAAUGGAGACGUGGACAUGGCCUGCAACUUCUUGGGGGCUGAAAAGUUUGUUGAGUCUUUAAAUCAGACUGUAAGUAACUCCUUUGAACUUUGCAUAGCUUAAGUGUUGUACUGUAUUGAAAACCUAUUGCUCCUUAAUUUAUGUGGGAAGACACAGCUGAUCCUGCCUUUUAGACCCAGGUUUCCAACACCGACAGAUGUACAGUUGUUGUUAAAGACAGAACCAAGCUGUCAUUUAGAAAAGAAGUUAGAAUGGAUGGGCAGAGAGGAAGAGAAAGUUAGCAAAACAUGAUCUGGAGUAAUAAGUCUAUUAAGAGCCAGUUUUGGAGCAUCCGUGAUAGACUAGUAUGUACACUAAAAUUCGGUCUGCUGUCCGUUUCCAGGUUGUGACCUUCUUUUUCAUUAAUUCCACAGGUGCUAAAUGAUUACCAGCCCUGGUAUUUCAAUGAUCAGAUUGCAGGAUUUUUCAAGGAGUAUGAGAAGAUCACAUUUCUCACCGUAAAGGUCAGUGAUUUAAUCGGAGCCAGUGGGCAUUAUACUUUUCAUUAUUUAAAAGAUUUAUGCCCUGCUUCUCCCCUGUACAACAGUGUUACUCAAAGCAGUAAAAAUCAGCAACAAGCUAAUAAUUAAAAGACAAAAUAACAAGUUUAUAAACAGCAGGAUAACACAAAAACAGGAAGAGCAACACUAACAGCCAAUACUUUAAAGCAGGAGCAGAGCCAAAACCUUGUUUAGAAAGCACAUUAUAUCGGCUCAGUUAUUUUUUAAGCAUGACAUGGCUCUCAAGAUAGAGGUUUGUGAUGGGCCCAGUGACUGCUUUACAGAUUUCAUCCCAACACAGCCACAAACAAAGGUCGACCCCUCUUCCAACAGUAAAUAAAGCCAAUAUAUAAAGCACUGGGUUAUAAAAGAUUGCUACUUCUACUUUUCCAGCUUUUCCUUCAGGUUCUAGGAGGAGGAAGCACCUUUUAUUUAUUUGCCAAAAUGGGUCCUAGCAGGCAAAAGUGCUGAUCUGGGUAACAGCUUUACAUUGGGAAUCUUCUGCCCUUAAAAAUUAGGCUUUUUGCUCCCAGGAUAAACCUUUAAGAAAAAGCCUGGGGGAAACUGCUGCACUGACUACCAAUCAGAGACAGAGCAAAUAAAAUGUUGCCCCCAAUACAUGGUGGUGGUGGGGUUUGGCACUCAUGGCUUGAUUGAGUUACACUACUUCUAGCCUGGGAAAUGCUAUUGCUUGCUAGAUCACCUCCCCAUCAAGCGACAACUAUGAUUUUAGUACACGGUUAAACAGGACCUGCCACCUGUUCCAUGUACCCUACAGAAGCAGCCAGUCCCUCACCUAUGACGUGUGUGUGUGUGUGUGUGUGUGUGUGUGUGCAGUGUCCCAUAAAAAAUGCUGGUCAGAGUUAGAGCAUAAGCAGCCAACAGAAAACACGUUGGAGGCAAUGGCUUCUCAAGCUGGAGAGACCCAUUAUUAAAAGGGCUUAGGUGUAAUCCUGGGCCCUGUAACAAAGGCCUGGUUUCUCAUGUAACAUUAAACUAUGGUUUGUUUAGCGUAACUGUGGUUUUUCUGAACAUGUGAAAACAUAUCAGCAAACUAGCCUGUUUAUUUUCUAUCAGCAAAUGACAAUGUGAAGCCAUGGCUUGGUAUUGGCUUAAAAACCAUGGCUUAUUCUAACUAUGGUUUAACAUUACUUAUGAACCUAACAACCCUGCUUAACUAUGCUUGUUUUCCCUACCUGUUACCCAAGAUGCUCCUCAAGCUGGGAAGGCAUGACGCAAGAGUAGCUAGAAAACAAAAUAAGAUCUAAGCAGGUGUGGGGAACCUUUGGUUUGACAGCUGUUGCUGAACCACCACUCCCAUCAGUCCCAGCAAGCAUGGCUAAUGAUGAUGGGAGUUGUAGUUCAGCAACAACUGCUCUAAAUAAACAAUACAUGGCUUGUUUGUUAAAUAACAUUAACCCCAGUUUAUGUGAAAACACAGCCAAUAUGUGAUUAAUUGCACGCACAUUAUCAAGACAGCACUGGCGAAAAGUUGCUUUCUCUCCUUCACACAGAUGUUGCCUCUUCUUGCUCUGUUCAAUAUAAGCUUCCAGUAUCCUUCACAAUGUUUUGGGCAGGGGGGAAUUAUUUCAGAUGUACUUUAUCAGCUCUUUUCUAAAGCAUCUUCCCUCUCAUAUAUAGGGUGCUGGUCACAUGGUUCCACAGUAUAAGCCUGGACAAGCUCAGAAGAUGUUUGAAUGCUUCCUCUCCAAAGCCAGCUACAUCUGAUCUAAUGCCUUUUAAAAUAGUAAAUGUCACUGAAAAGAGUUGUGGGGAAAUAGUAUUCCACAUAGUACACAAUACUUUGUAACAUAGUAACAUAAUUGAAGCUAUGUACAUGCUUAUCUUCUUAUGAUUGAAUAGUUGCAAAAGCUUAUUAAAUCAUGUAAUCUCUUGGGUGUGUGGUCAUUCUUGGCAGGGCAGGGAGAACAGAUACUUCUAUGGCACUUUUGUGGGGGCAUCACACAGAAAUGCCCCCCCCCCCGUGGUAGAGAACCUAUAACAUGACCUGUU